GCCACACUGGACAUCUCCAUUCUUUUCGAACACCUCCCGGAGUGGUCCCAAAGAGCUAUGCCAUUGGCAGCAGCGGCUGCGCUGGUUAUCGCAGGCGUGUCUCUAGCCAUCCUGGUGGGAACCACCUUGCGGGCACAGGCGGCCUUCGCCACCGCAGCGCAGGCACAGCUGCGCCAGGCGGCACAGCGCAGUGAGGCGCGGCGCCUGGAGGAGGCCCGGCGCCACGAAGAGCGCCGCGAGCGCCUCAUGGAGGAAGCGGCGGCCACGGAGGCCACGGAGGCCACCACGACGCCUGACAUUAGCCCAACAGCUCUCAGCGAAGGCCUCUCUCCACGUCUUCGCUUUCGAGUGCUGCUUUUGGAUCAUGACGAUACCACGGUGAGGGGCACUGAGGAGGUUCACUAUCCCGCCCACGUGGAAAGUGUCAGAGUGCUACGCCCCGAGUUGGAACCCGUCUCUUUGGAGGGUUGGUUUCAGAAAAACCACGAACCUGGAGUAUCGUGCUACUUGAAGUCCCUCUUUACGCCGGAGCUGAUGGAAGAGGAGCAGAGGAUUUGGACCAAAGCCAUGGAGGACAAAGUUCCGACCUUCUACGAAGGCAUUGCAGAGCUGCUGAGUGAAUUUCGCGCACGGGGCGGAUGUGUGGCGGUGGUGUCGCACAGCCCAGCAGAGGUCAUCCAGCGCCACUAUUCGGCCCACCCCUGGGCUGAGCAGAUUCAACCCGAUUUGGUGCUCGGAUGGGAUCAGGAUGCGAGCCGACGAAAGCCUGCGCCCUGGCCGGCGUUGCAUGCGCUGGAAUACUUUGGUGCAAAACCAACAGAGGCUUUAGUGGUGGAUGAUUUGUCCCCAGGAGUGAAGAUGGCCAAAGCCGCCGGUCUCGAAGUUGUGGCCGCCGGCUGGGGGCACUCCGUCGAGCCCAUCCAGGAAUACAUGCGCAAGGAGUGUCGACAUUAUUUCGAAACUGUACAGGAAUUCGCCGACUUUCUUCUUGCACCUGCAAGCCCGUAGGAAAA